AAUGUAAGUAUUAUUACCUUGGCCAGUGUGUGGAGUGGUCUCCCUUUCACCAUCUGCCUUUCUCCAGCCUUCAAGCCUUCAGUCUUUCUUUUAGUCAAGAUGAGUGAUAAGCCAGACUUGUCUGAAGUGAAGUUUGACAAGUCAAAACUGAAGAAAACUAAUACCAAAGAAAAAAUUAUUCUCCCCCCAAAGGAAACUAUCCAGCAGAGAAAGAGUGAGUUCAAAUAUUGUAAAACAAUCUUGUCUGAAGAACAAAUUUCAGCAUUGCCUGACUGCCUUGGAUUUGGGCUUGUUUUUGUGUUGUAGAGAUCUUAGGCAUCGUCUGAUGUCUUCUCACUCAUACGCCCUGGCUAAGAGGUCAGGGGUAACCAAUGUUCUCUUACAUACAAUUUUAAACUCCUCAUUGCUGCAUAAAUUCCAGCUGGCAGACGGUGUUUAACCUCACAUUGAUGGCCUUCGUGUGUGUAGUCCUUGCACCCCCUGUAGGAUGAACCACUUGUAACCUUCUAGGCUGGAUGCUUCCAUUGCUCCCUGAUCUUUACGAAGUGACAUGCUUUGGCAGCUUCUUACAGUUUAUUUCGAAUGUAGCAAUAAGAUAUAUACAUAAUCACUAAACACAAGAAAUAUAAGUGUGAUUAACUGUACUGUAAUAUAAAAACUAUGUAAAAAGUUGGCAUAAAAAACAUUAGGAAGGAGAAUUUAUUUUGCCUCUUACUGCAGGUGAAAGCAGCUUGUCCACUUAAGCCACCCCUGGGAUCACUGUGUUACAGCAGUAUACGUACCCUUCUCUCGAUGAUCAUGACUCAUGUC